UGUGUGGGACAGGAUGCUUUCAUGGAGCCCUUUAGCCAACUUCUUUUGGGACUUACAGUGCAAAAUAUAUUUUCUGCUUGUAGGGAUUUGUUCUGCCUUGAAAUUGACAGUACCAUCUCAUACCAUCCAUGGUAUUGAGGGGCAACCACUUCAUCUUUCUGUUGACUACAAUUUCAAUGCUACAGCUUCUGAAAUCCAGAUAAUUUGGCUUUUUGAGAGGUCUCAAAGUAAUCCAAAAUACUUGCUUGGCUCUGUAAAUCAAAGAGUAGUUCCAGACUUGGAAUACCAGCACAAGUUUACCCUUAUGCCACCGAAUGCAACUUUGAGGAUUAACCCAUUGCAUCUCAGUGAUGAAGGCAAUUACAUUGUAAAAGUCAAUGUCCGUGGAAAUGGCACCAUAGCUGCAAGUCAAAAAAUUCAAGUAGCUGUUGAUGUUCCAGUCACAAAGCCAACUGUACAUACUGAACCAUCUUCAGGAGUAGUGGAGUAUGUAGGGAAUAUUACCCUAAAAUGUACUGUGGAUAGAGGUACAAGGGUAGUUUACCAGUGGAUGAAAAAUGGGAAGCAUCUUCAUGCUGGCCCUAAUUAUAUCUUUUCAUCAAACAAUGCUACACUUCUAAUUGUUCCUGCAGUAAAAGAAGACAUUGGGAAUUACAGCUGUCUGGUAUCUAACCCUGUCAGUGCAAUGGAAAGUGAGAUAAUUGCCCCAACCAUAUAUUAUGGACCUUAUGGACUUAGAGUCAAAUCAGACAAAGGUCUGAAUAUAGGGGCAGUGUUUACAGUUGACGUGGGGCAAGUUGUACUGUUUGACUGCUCAGCAGAUUCAAACCCACCAAAUACUUAUUCAUGGAUUCAAAGGGAUGACAAUAGCACUCAAGUAAUCAAAUAUGGACCCCAUCUGGAAGUUGUAUCUGAUAAAGUGGCCCAGAAGACAAUGGAUUACAUGUGCUGUGCUUUCAACAACGUGACCGGGAAACGAGAUGAAACUCACUUCACAGUUGUUGUUACGUCUGUAGGGUUGGAAAAGCUGGCCCAGAAAGGAAAAUCUUUGUCUUCUCUUGCAGUAAUAACAGGAAUUUCAUUAUUUUUGAUCCUAGCUAUGGCCUUUUUAUUCCUAUGGAAAAGGUAUCAGCCACAUAAAGUGAUACAACAGAAGCUACAGAGCAGGGCAGAGGCUGAUUACAGAAAGGCACAGGCAUUUUCAGGACAUGAAAGUGCUUUGGAUGAUUUUGGGAUAUAUGAGUUCAUCACUUUUCCCGAUCUUACCGGUGGCUCUAGGGUUUCAACUCAAUCUGUUCCUGGCCCUGACUUUGUCGCAGGCCAGGAUAUGCUAAGUACGGUUUAUGAAGUUAUUCAGCACAUUCCUGAGCAGCCAGAACAAGACCACCAACAGUAA